CGGUGAGAAAGACACUGAGAUUAGUGAAGAUGAAGAUACUGAUAAUAGUGACAGUAAGGAAGAGAAUGUGUGUAUCCUCUCAGUAAUUUUAUACACCGGUGAGGACACAAAGCAGACAGCGGGCAGCUACCGCCAAGCAGUCUUCAGCUAACAAGCAGAGGAGCAAUGGAGCAGCAGCAGCAGCAGGCAGGUGAGGUAGGCAAGGUGAGCUGGACCAGUGCGGCCGCCUCUCCCAUGACCCUGCCGGAGAAGACACAGAAGGUGUUCCCUGAGGAUAAUUCUGUUGCCAGGGUGGAAGCAGAGGUGUACUAUGGAAUAGCCUUGCCAGAGGGAGAGGGGCUGGAGGAGGGAGACAUCAAGAGGGUGUUUGUGGACAAGACUGAGUGCCUGGCUGCCAUGAAGAAGUACCGAGGGUCACGUUUCAAGGCCUUCAGGAUGUAUGAGGAUGCCUUGAAGUUCUCCGAGGCUGGGGCAACAACCUCUCAAGGCGGCACAGGGGAGGAGGGAGCCAUCACCCCACAGCCCCUCCUCAACGUGGAGAAACCCAGUCCUUACCGGGGCCCAAAAUCACAAGACUUGGUCAAAUUUAGGAAGUCUAUUGAAAAGGGAGACUUUGAUUAUUUCACCCGUUGUAUGAUGGAGAACCCUCGUUACCUGGUGAGCAGCGGUGACACUCCUGCCGUGCUUCAGGAAGGCUUCCGCUACAAUGCCCUCCACGUAGCCUGCCGCACCAACCGCCCAGCCUUUGCACAGAGGGUCCUCUCUCAGGUGUCCCAGCCAAUGUUCUUCCAGCGACUAUAUCCUGACGACACCAUUGAGAGUGCCACCCGACGCAGUGCCUUCCUGGUGGACCUAUACCUCAACACUCCAGACAAGGGCUUCAAUGAGACACCGCUGCACUUUGCCAGUAAACACGGCAGCGUUGAGUGUGUCCGAGUCCUGGCGGGAUUCAAAGGCUGUGACACAACUCGGCUUAACAAGUAUGGACAGACAGCGGCAGAGAUCGCCGGCAGUAGAAUGAAGGAACCGUCAAACGCAGCCAUUGAGGAGAUCCGAGAGGCGAUGGGUGACAAGUACUAUGUGCCGCUGCUCAAGGACGACGACCUUUAUCUACUGCCUCACGUUGGGAGUCCCUGGUCACCACAAAUGGAUUCCCCCAAUAGUCCCCUCAGAGAACGCUUCCUCACCUCCAGCCCCAUCAGUGUUGCCUCCGCCAGCCCCAUCAGCCCCUCCCUCAAGGUUCGAGGAGUGGCUGGCCCCAUGAGCUGUUCCCAGGCAGAGAACUUCCAUCGUCUGUGGAAAAGUGCCACCUCAUCUUCUCUCUCCACCACUCCCUCCCCAGCACGUCUGGAAAGGGUAGUACGUCCAGCCUCUCUACGUGUCACUGACCAUGAAAAGGGAUUAGAACGUGCUGGAAGGAAUCUGGCAGCAGAGCAGAAGGUUGGGUGGCAGGAGUACUGGGACUUCCUAGGGACCUUUGUGAACCUGGCCAGUGAUGAAGGACUGGGUCUCCUUGAAUGGCACCUCAAGAGACAGACAAAUGACCUGAGGAUGGCCAAAGAAAAGCUGAGUGCUUCUGAGUUGGCUGCCAAGCUGAAGGAGGCUCUGAAGCAGCCAGACGAGGAUGACAUUGUCCCGCUGAUGCGACGCUCACAACACGAAAAGAGCAUGAGUGGUGUGUCUCAGGCGUCAUGGCUGAGCCAGGCCUCUGGAAGCCCCCUCGCCCAGCUUUGUCGGGGACUGGAAGCACUGCGCCUCAAUGCCUCUCUCUCCCCCCAGGGUGACCUGCCCCAGGCUGCAUGCAGCAAGUUUCUGUCAUCCUUGGAGCAACAGCUGAGCCCGGGGUGUGGCAGCCCCCAGGGGUGUGAUGAGCCCGAGGGAGUGCCGGGCCUGGUGGAGCAGGUGUCCUACGUGCUCAAAUCGGUGGAGGUGUCAGCAGGACGGCUGAGUGAGGCACUGCGUGAGGUGGCCCUGGACCUGCAGGCCAGCGUGGCUGCCAGCCUGGGCAUGAACCGCACCCUAAGGGCCAAACUGCGCUCUGAGGUGGCCUGCCUGCGUUCCAUCGUUGCCCGGGCUGUGGCUGAGCUGGGGCCUGGUGGCAUGGACCUGGGCUUUGUCCACCCACUGGUGGCCGGUCGGGCCGUGCUUGCCCUGUGGCAGGGCGCAGCGCCAGCAGAUGUGGCCAGCGUCACCCAGGCCAUGCGGCGUAUUGUGUCCCACAUGGACCUGGUGCCCCUCGACUCCUCAGACGAGGAUGAGAAUGAGGGCGGCGGUGGCAGACACUUUGAAGCACCACAGCACAACACCCGAGGGGAUACACACCACCUGGCCUGUGUGCUGCGGUGCCUGGACGUGGCUCUGCAGGCAGCCACCAACACUUCAGAUGGCAUCACGUCCCCAGAGGUGCCACAGCUGGGACAGUGCCACUGCCCAUGGAAUGAUGGUUCUCACAUCAACAGGGUGACCUCAGCCCAGGCCACAGUGCCUGCCAGUGCCUUAGAGAGAGAGAGAGCCAAAGCCUAUUUGCAGAAGGCACUGCAGGGGAAGGGGAAGCAGUGUGACCCUGUGGUGCGGCACCUCUCCUUCACCCAGGAGGAAGGAGAGGAGGAGGAGGAGAUAGUGGUAAGGGCCACAAUGGGAGUGAAGGAUGGGUUCACAAUGUCCCAGGGGGCAGCGAACACCUCAGAGAGCAGGGACAGUGGUGGCGGUGACGGUGGCCAGGAGGAGCUGGAGCCAGGGGCCAGGAGCCCUGACAGCUUCACGUCUGCUGCCUCAAGCCUGGAUGAGGAAAUGUGCACCCCAGAGGAGGGGCCCCGGGUGUUCAUUGGAGGAGCGGAGCCUUCGAAGAUGGAUGUGGAUGUUUUGGAUGCUGUGGGUGACCAGCUGGUGAAUCAACAGAAGUACCCACACGUCUUUCAGUGGCAGUUGCUUGUCAAGUCUUUCUCAAAGGAUGAACGAGGAAGUUUGGCUUCUCCUUUCUGUCGGCGAGGAAGAAGAAGAGUAACCCCUGGAGGAGGAAUAGGGGAGCAGGUUGCAUCUCCUCCAUCCAGUCUUUCCUCCUACAACACACCACGUCGCUCCUUCUACUCCCGCCGCCCUGCCUCAACACCUCGAAUCCUCUUCCGCCCUCUCUAACACACACACACACACACACACACUACAUACAAUUCUUCAGUUAUACAUGUAGAACUUUACCUAGUCAUUUAUUUCCUUUAUGCACAAGAACACACACACACACAUACACACUCAUACAUACAUAAAUACAAAUAUACUUGCAGGUGCCUCAGUAUAGGUAUAUUGAUGUAUGAGCUAAUUUAUACAUACCUAAUGCAUAUUCUACUAUAUUUCCAUGUAUUGUGGAUUCAUUGUGGGUUUUUUUAUAUACUUAUGCACAAAUUGAAUAAUUAUGCAUAGUUUAUUUAUACAGAUACAGUGCCUUGCCUUGUAUAGUAUUUAAAAAGAGUAUUUUAUGAUAUAUCAAAAGUUGCUCUCUCUCUCUCUCUCUCUCUCUCUCUCUCUCUCUCUCUCUCUCUCUCUCUCUCUCUCUCUCUCUCUCUCUCUCUCUCUCUCUCCAUAUGACAUGAAAUUGUGCCUUAUUGCAUGAGACUCUGAACCUUAAUGCUUUUUUUCACCCCCCCUUUUAAUUUUCCAAAGUAACCAAAAUACUUUGCUAACUCAUUGUAACUUUCAUUUUGCUUCUCUGGUAUUAGUAUUUAAGUAACAGCCUAAUUUAUGUAACUCCUUUAAGACUUUAUUGAGGGUGUUGAGGAUGUUGUGCCUUUAUUGUAUUAGAUUAGAUCACUUUUAUUUGGGCAGCAUAGGAACCAAAGAUGGAUUUUUUGUUUUUAAUUUCAUAUUUGAAGUGCAAUUUUUGGUUCAGUUUGUGUGUGUGUGUGUGUGUGUGUGUGUGUGUGUGUGUGUGUGUGUGUGUGUGUGUGUGUGUUUACCUAGUUGUAGUUUUACAGGGCCUGGGCUUUAUGCUCGUGUGGUCCCGUCUCCAUAUGUGUGUGUGUGAGAGAGAGAGAGAGAGAGAGAGAGAGAGAUGAUUAUCUUUAGUAUAUCUUCAGUUUGUGGUUUUUGCCAUUUUAUGAAGUGUGUGUGUGUGUGUGUGUGUGUGUGUGUGUGUGUGUGUGUGUGUGUGUGUGACAAGAGAGUGAGUGUGAAACUGAAAAUUAUGUUUAAUAUAUCUUUAAUUUUGUGGUCAUUACUAAUUUAUAAGAUAUGUGGGCUUAUAUCUGUGUGUGUGUGUGUGUGUGUGUGUGUGUGUGUGUGUGUGUGUGUGUGAUUUUCCCUUGUGUUUUCCCUUGUAUUCUGCCUAAGCUUAUUGCCAAUUCAUUAUGUAAGAGAUGCAUUGCCAAGGUGAUGAGACGCCGGACACUGACUCGCUGGGACGCUGUGGUCAAAAGUGAAGAAAAAUUUACUAUUAAUUUUUUC